AUGGAUCGAUCUUAUGCCUUCUAUAACUACAAUAGAGGAGGUGAUCUAUUUCAUAUUCAGUGUGAAUGGUUAAACAAAGAUAUUGAUCUCGUCGCUGAUCCUGACAUUGAGUACUGCCAUGUAACCAUUACUGAUUUAGACGAUUAUUGGCAAAGAACAAUUACCCGUGAUCUUUUAUUGACAGCAUUCAAACCGUCCAAUGCAUUAGUAGAGUCACAGAGAGACAAGGUAUUGCAGGCAGCAUUUCUAGGGGAGGAGUCUGUCAAUGGUAGCCAGUUAGAAUGGAAAGUGAACAAAGACUCUAAAUCUGAUAAGUUAUUCAUGAAAUUAAGAACUUUUGAAGGCAACAUUCCAUUGGCUGCUGGUUCUAUUUCUUUGAACAAAGUGGUACCUGAAACAAAGAAAAAAGAAUUGCAUGAAUUAUGGUUUAUCAACAGUGCAAUAGCCUCGAGAAGUUCUACUGAGCAAAACAAAGCCUUACAGCAACGGAACACGGAUAUCGCGAAUUCCUUCAGAGAGCUGCGAAACGCUAAUCAGCAGAUGACGAACGAAGCCAUCCGUGAUAAAAUAACCAUGGUUCAGAAAUUUUGUAAUGUAUUGAAUGCUAAAAAGAGGAAAAUAUUCUCAUUGCAAAAAGCCAUACAAGACAUGAAGACCAAAAUAGCGGAACUAGAAGAACAGCAACGAUCGAUGAAAAGCAGCAGGAAACGAUCAGUGAGCGAAUUAGAAGAAGCUCCCGCUGACGAUCAAAACAAAAAAAUGAAAACAGAAGCAGUCGAACCAACAUCUGUUAAAAUUUCGAAUGAUAGCACUCAAGAAAAGCUAGACAAAGGCAAACAAAAAGCUACAACGCAUACACAGACAGUUCGUAAACGAAGCGGACUAUUUGACGAUGAGGAAGAGGGCGACGAUGACGACGACGAUGAAGAUGAUGAUGAUUUUGCUGUUGAGUUCACCCAAACGAUACGCUAG